AUGGACGCAGUCAACCAGGCACUGGAAAAUAAGGACUACGAAAAGGCGGUCGAAUUAGCGACCCAAGAGCUCAAAAUUGCACCUACGAGCUCCAGGCUUUUCUUGAAACGGUCGAUUGCCAACCUGAGGUUACAAAAGCCGACAGAAGCCUUGAAUGACGCCGAGUCCGCUGUGUCGUUAGCUACAGACGAGAGCUUGCGAGGAGACGCUCAACUGAGGAGAGCAAUCGCCUUUUACCAAUUAAAAAAGGUUGGAGAGGCAAAGGCAGCCAUUAGGUAUGCGCAGAAAUGCAAUUGUGUCGACAAGACACUCCCGAUCUGGCUUCAAAAGAUCGAGGCUGAAACCACCGAACAAGCUGAGCUUGUGGAGAUCCCAUCUAACGCUGAGCCCGUAGCCAAGCCAAGUAUCCGCAAAGACUGGUACCAAAUCGGUAACAAGGUGACAGUGUCAGUAUUUAUCAGAGAUGCCCCCUCCUCCACCAAAGUUGAUAUUUCCGCUGAUCGAAUUGAGAUCCCGGCCUACGACUUUGUGCUCGACCUCAGUCAUCCAAUUGACCCUAGUUCUGCAAAGAUCGAUAUUGUAAAGCCUAAAAUCGAGCUCACAUUCGAGAAAGCGUCCCCUGGCAACUGGAGUCAAUUGGCCAAAACUCCUGAUGAUCUGAAGCCCCUUGCCAAGCCCAAGGCAGCGUUUGAGAAAGAAUGGAAUAUCGAAGAUGAGCCUGAAGAGGAAUCGGGAGACCCGCAAGCGUUUUUUGAGAAAAUCUACAAGGAUGCUGACCCCGAUGCGCAGCGAGCGAUGAUGAAGAGCUUCAUUGAAAGUAAUGGCACAACGCUCAGCACCAAUUGGGCUGAAGUGAGCAAAGGAAAAGUUGAAAUUACGCCACCUAGUGGAAUGGAGGCUAAAAAAUGGACCUAG